AACGAGGAUGCUUUCGAACGCCGGGCUGACUACGUCCCUCUCGUCGAGGCUGACGGCACUGCAAUUCCCAACUUCCAGCUUGAUUCGGAAGCAGUCGAGGGCCUCAAUACCCAGGCGAUCAACGCACGACUCACUGAUCUUGGUGUCGACUUCCAGGGCCGCAACUUGCCUAAGAAAAAGGUUAUCUUCCUACGCGAGAUCGGCGUCAAGACCACCCAUAAUGUGUAA